AUGGACGCCUUUCUAGAUGAUCUGCAUGGGAAAUACAAAGAAGACUUCAACCAAGGAUCUCCUAUGGUCGAUCAACAUCAGAUCUUGGGUAUUGAAAGUAACAGCGUUCAGCGCACGACCUCUGCUUCUUCUGCUGCAUUGUCGACACAGAGAAGCACGCCUUCUUUAACAGUCUCCAAUAGCCCGACACCAUAUAACGAGAGCGAAGGGGCAACAACAGCGACAAUCAGCGGUGGUGGAGGUGGUGCUGAAGAAUGUGGCAGCAAUAGUCAUAUGUUAAAUGAAAGCAGCAAUCGACGGCAACGCAUGCUGGAAAAAAAUCGUCGAGCAGCGGCAAGAUGUCGACAACGGAAAAAGAUCUGGACGGAAGAACUAGCCCAGCAGCACCAAGAAGCAAAACGACGUAAUGAUGAGCUGCAGGGUCUCGUGCCACAGCUUCGAGAAGAAGUAUACUCAUUGAAGAACCAACUGCUUGCACAUGAAGGUUGCGACUGCCAUGCCGUAAGAAAUUACAUUAAGGUUUUCCUAAUGAACGACGUCGUACAAAAGUCAAAAAUGAGCGACUCUUCCCUACGAUCUGCUCCUCCAGAUCAGCCGUUCUCCUAG